AUGUGCGAGAAAGCGAAAAUGAAAGCUGAAUGCUUCUACUUCUCUUUGCUUGGCCACAUUGUUACAAUACUUUAUACAAUCGACAUUUUUCAUGCAGAAGGCGAUAUUAGGUCUAACCAUGGGCUUGUCGCUGCUUGUUUUAUCACUGUGUGGUGCAGAUGCAGUUCAUUAUCCGUUUUUCCUUCGGUAUUGCUUGAAAGAUAUUACGCUUCUUAUCAUGUAACUGAUUAUGAGGCGAAGCCGAGAAAAUGGGUAGCAUCUUUGGUGAUCACAGUAUCUUGUAUUCUCACGUCUGCAACCGCUACUCCGCUUAUUUUCGUUAUGUAUAUAUCACUAUAUCGACGUGAUAGAAAGCAAUUGCGUCAAAUUACCUCUCCUCUCUCUCGCUACCUGCUUAGCGCGCGUUUCCAACUUGCCGAGAACUUACGAGUCCUAAAGAUUGUCAUGUAUUCGUCCAUGGUAUACAACAUCUGGUUGAUACCUCCUUGCAUUGUAAUAUUCUUGACAUAUCUUCAUUUCAAACCAACAAGUGCAGUAGGACAGAUAUGCUACGCAGCGUAUGGACUUUUCUUGUCAUUUUCAGUAUCACUGCUACUUAUAUACACUGCGGUAAAAAGUGGAAGAUUUACUUUCACAUUAUGCCCCAAAACUAGUGAACAUCAGAAUAUCCGUGUGGUCGAUAGGCAUGGAAACGAUGGAACGACUAGCAUGUACUUCCAGCAACUUACUGCAGCUUGUAGUGUCUGGGCAAGAAAGAAUAGUUUCUGGGCAAGUGAUCACAAGCAAAUUGCUUACUGCAAAUUCAGCAAAUCUAUUUUUAUAUGA